AUGGCUCAACCACAACCAUUGCCGAGAAGAAAACGCUUCAUCCCUAAAUACGAUGUGGAAGGAGUGUUUCAUGUAGUAUUGGGAGAAGAGACACAAUUUCAAAUUGAAAUGGUAGUCGGAACGCAUAUUAAUGCCCAAUAUCCUUGGAAAUUAGUUAGCAAAGAUAAAAUUAUGGAAUCCAUUAAUUUAGGCGGUGAACUUUCUGAAUUUUACCCACUUAAGAAGGAAUUAGAAUCGUAUAAAGAUGAUGAGGUAUUAAUGGGAUACAUGGCGGACGAAUCUAAAGAUGUCGAUGAAUUUUACGUUUGUUGUACACCAGAGGCGAGGGAUCACUGUAAGCAACAGUCUGAAAAAUUUAUUAGACGACAAGAGAAAAAGUUAGAGAAAGCGAUUCAGAAAAAACCGAAACCUUGGAAAGGAUUUGGAAGUGAAGCGGAGAUUAUUGAACUAGUUCCUGUGAAUACUAGGCCGCUUUUUGAAAUAGAAGUAAAAUCACAAUAUCUUAUGAAAUAUCAACCAAGUCGAUUUAAAGUGCGGGAUACUAACUCUGUAAGAGAUGGUUAUACGGAACUAACACCAUAUAGACAGAAGUAUAAUAAUGUUUUUUGUCGAAGAGUAGAUUGUGGCAGCCAAGCAGCGUCACCAAAGGUAGAUAGAGAGGCUCAAACUUACUUAAGAUAUCCUCAAAAUGUUUGGACUCAAACGAUGAUCGAUACCAUUGGACGGGGAAACGAUACCGACGGCGGUGGAGAUACAAUAAGGAAAGACGACACCGAAGAAAGUAGCGAUGAAGAAGCGGAUGCGGCAACUAAACCUACCGAUGAGGCCGAGUUAGUGACAUAUAAUGCUGCUAUGAAAAGAAUGAGGCGUGCCUCUUAUAUAAAAUCUCUUGACAAAUUUAUGUCAGCAAGGGAACAAGAAAUGGAAUCUAUACUUGAGUUAAAUACAGUUAUGGAUAUGUACUGUAAUGAUUAUCCAGGUUUAGUCACUGAAAAAACAGUCGACGUUUAUAAUUCAAUGUCGUUUGAAGAAUACGUUUGUUUUACAGAUGUGCGAGCUAAAGAUAAAUUUAUUUCGUCGGCUGUCUUUCAUCCAAUGUGGACAGGUAUUGUAGCCAUUAGUUAUUCUGAUGGAAAUCCGACUAUUAUGAAAACUCUAAGCUCAAGAUCAGAUCCCAUUCAGAGAGCUAUAUAUGGUUUGAAUCCUGUAAUGAUAUGGAGUCAUAUUGAUAGUCUCCGGCCGAAAUUAUAUUUACAGUCGCCACGCGAAGUUAAAGUGCUUUCAUUUUGCCCAUUUAAUGAGAAUAUACUAGUUGGUGGCUGUAUUAAUGGACAAAUUGUAGUAUGGGAUCUGACCAAUAAAUUGUUAAAUGUUGAAACGAUUCCUGUAUUAAGCGAAACGAGAGAAAAGUAUCGUAUUGCUAUGAAUGCUCAUAUGGACUGGAUGAAAAAUGUUCAAGAUAAUGCAAUCGUAGAGGCAACAGCUUUAAGUAAUAUACUAACAAGUCAUUACGCUCCUAUUACUGCGAUUAAUUGGUUGUCUCCUAACUUCGAAGUGACGCCAACUGGGAAAGUUGUAAUGGCUCCUGAAGACAGAAAAUCGUUAAUGCUGUUUACUGGAUCCGAAGACGGAAAUAUAUUAAUUUGGAAUCUUUCCGUGGAUAAUGUUACUACAUUAGAAACUAAAAAAAUUAAAAAGUCCAAGAGAGUACCGAAGAGACCUUCAGGUUUAUUAGUAGACAUUUCGCCGUAUAAAGUUUUAGAUCGUAAUUUACAACCAUGUUUUAAAAUCAUAUUAGGAAAAGUUGGGCAGCCUCAAGCUAUGCCAAUACAAAGAUUUGGAAUCAAACCACCAUUGAUAAAAUACAUUUAUGUACCAAAGUAUUUAGGUGAUGGAAGAAAAUAUUUCGAGCCUGAAAUUAUACCACAAAACGAAACCGAUAUAUCAAAAAUAAUCUACUGCGGCUCGCAACAUGGAGAACUAGCGAGAGUUUUAUGGGAAGGUCAUGAAUUCAAUACGGGCGAGGUUGUUAAUUCCGAAUACUGUGAAAUAACAUACAGUUGUUUUAUUCAUGAUGGUGUUAUAACGAGUGUACAAAUUAACCCAAUGCUAUCUAAUCUGACACUAACUGUAGGUGGUAAGAUUUUUGCUAUAUGGUCUAAUGAUUUAGUCGGGAGACCUUUAUUUUGGAAAAAACGGCCUUCUCGUUUGACAGAUGGUGUUUGGUCUUUAUAUAAACCCAGUGUAAUAUUUAUUGGAACAUCUGAUGGCGAUUUAGAAACAUGGGACAUUUUGUUAAGAAGUGAUAAGCCCAUUACAGUACAGACUCUAUCCGGUACUAUGCUGACUGGCGUAAGCUUACAUUCUUUGCGUUUGACAAAAAAUAUAAUCGGCGUCAGUGAUUUAAAUGGUUCGUUUAGAACAUUUCUUGAUCCUCCAAUUUUUAUGCUUGAGAGCCAAUCAUACAAGACUCGAAUGGAAACUAUGAUUAAAAGAGAAGUUAAAGUCAUGCAGUCUUUCGUUGCUUGGCAAAAGGAAUUGAUUAAUAGCAAUCCACAAAUUUUAUUAGAAAUAAAGCGUAAAGAAGGUGCACUUUUAGCUGAAAAAGAAGAAGAAAAACGUAGACUAAAGGAAGAAGAAGAAAGAAGAAUGGAAGAAGAAGCUGAAGCUCAACGUCGCCAAAAACAAAAAGUAAUCGGUCCAGAAGAAAGAUGGCAGAUGAUUAUACAAUCGUUAAUAGAGAAGACUAUCGCUAUUAAAAAAAGAAUCAAUCGAGCAGAAUUAAUCGAACAAGAGAAACCAUUAAGAGAACUAGAAGCACAGAGAUUAGAAAAAGAAAGGAGAAUGCUUGAAAUUAUGAAAAAUCAGAAAAAUAUAUUUAAUGAUACCGUCGCCAUUCUUUUUCCUGAAGCUAUUAAGAAAGAAGUUAAACAAAAGAGAACUUUACUCUCUCUUGAUAAGACAAGUUUACAAAAAGACUAUAUCGAAGAAUAUCAAUAUUUAAAGACCGCUUCUUUAAAGUUAGUGCAAGAGAAUCCUUAUAAAGUACCAUUUUCUUGGGAAGCCACGAUAUCUGAAGGCAAGGAAAGAAGACAAGCUUUGAAUCCUUUUGACGAUUAUAUUAAAAUGCACAAAGCGAGAAUAGAUGAAGAAGAUAAUCGCACUUCAAGUCUUUCUAACAAGGAGAUGGUUUAUAUGGAAGCGGAAAGAGAGUUAGCAGAAGUAAGUGAAGAGAUUGAACCGUAA